AUGAUUUUUGAAGGCUCUCAGGUGGAAAUUGUUAAUCCGACCAUAAAUGGCCAACUUCCCUAUUUGACGAAAGAUCUCGGUCAUGCGGACGGGAUCGAGGGAGUCGGAUCAGACGACUUUGUGGAGUCUGCCAGACAGGCAAAGAAAUCAUCAAUUAAGAAUCUUCAGCAGCUAAUGUUCACGAACGAAGGAAAAAAUAGUAAUCAUUCUUAUCUGAUGCCACACGAGCAGCUCCGUUUUUCCACCCGUCUGGAAGAAGACGAGGUACGCGCUGGAGGAGUAACGAUGAAAGCCGCUCCUCUUUGGGCGCCGUCAGGCAAGUGCGCGACAACGCCGGAAGAAUAUGUUCUGCUGGCGGAAUUUGGAAAUUGUUCUGUUACCGAGCUUCUGUCUGACUACGAUAUCGACUUCCGUGUCAAGUUGUCUAAGAAAAGGUGGGAAAAGGCUCAGCUGCGGACGGAAAACUGGCUCAAAAUUCAACUUCCAAUGAUGGCAAAAAAGAAUAUUGUCGUGCCAGUCAUUUACUUGCCUGAUGAUAGGCAGUUCGAAAUACAUGUUCAAAACUUGAAAGAACUCCUCAAAAACUAUGAAGGAACAGUUUGCGGCUUAUCCAUUCGUGGAUUAAACGUCAACGAAGAUAUCGAUUUUGAUAAUUUGGAAAAAAGAUUGAAAAUGCUCCCCGAUGGAGCAAGAAUUUGUCUGGAUCUCGCAAAGCCGAAGGAAAUUGUCCUCGGUCGACUAGCGGGAGUGAACAUCUUUGGCGGACAAUUUGCGAGCACGCAAGCUUCGAAUCAUAAAGCGAUGAUCUUGCCCACUACCGCACAGCCUUCAAGAGUGCCUCAGAUGAUUUCUCUUGCAGAAAAUGAUCAUGCAGGUGACAAGAGUCAACUCUCACCCGACUCGCCGGUAGACCUCAGCCGAGCAUAUAUCCAUCACCUGACGAAUGUGAAAGAAAUCCUCGCGCAUAUUCUACUGAUGAAACACAACCUAGACCAAAUGAAUAAAUUUAUCGAACUAAUUCGCUCUUGCUCGAGCGAGGAAAGCUUGAGGAAUCUUUUAGAACUGUUCUAG